UACUAGAAACUUCCAGUCAGACGUUUUGGAGCAUGUUUGGAUCUCUGUAGGACAGAGGCCUUCCAGAACCAGAGAAUGUGCCAAGGCUCAUCUUUACACCCACUAAAACGACCAGUUAGAGCCAUUUAUAACCACACAUGACAUCGUUUUAUAAAGGUUCAACUGAUUCACUGAAAAGAUCCAACUUAAAAGAAUCGCCGCCAGAGUUCAAAUCUCCAUCGCUUUCUCGGAGAAGAAAAACAUGGCCACGAGGAAAUAUUUCCGCAGAUCAAUCCAGGAAAAAAAGCGUAUCCUCGAGAAAUAUGACCAGCUUCCUCCAAUGUCCCAAAGCGCUGCAGCGCGUCUGCUGAACAUCUCAAGCCAGCUGCUUUGCAUCUGGCUCCGGAGAAGGGAUAUUAAAAAUGCCAAGGCUAACCUUCCCAUGACUGUCUUUCCAACUCGCAAGACGCCUCGAGUAAAGUUAGAAGAUGCACUCUGGAGGUGGAUCGAUACUUCUCGUGAGAACGGAAUUACAGUUGAUGACUCAACAAUUCGUAAAAAAGCCACUCUGAUGGCUACAGAAAUGCGCCUCUGUAAUUUCAGGGCAAGCACAGAGUGGUUGACAAUCUUCAAAACACGGGAGACCGUAAUACGAAAGAUGUUCCAGGUCGACCGAAAAACGGGAGAUGCACCAAAAGAGCCCAAAUCCGGUAACAAGCCUAAAAGCAAUCUUACAGCCAAAAAGACUCAUCGAAUCGAAGCUGCAGUGUGGCGGUGGAUCGAUCAUUCUCGCGAGAGCGGCAUCAGCGUAGAUGAAUCGACGAUUCGUUCAAAAGCGGCUCGGUUGGCCAGGACUGUGGGUUUCCGUAACUUCAGAGCGAACUCAGAAUGGUUCUCCCGCUUUAAAACUCGAGAGGGAAUCGUACGAGCGAUGUUCCGGAUUGGCCGAAAUGAUCAAUCUUCGGAUAAGACGGAGGCACAAUUGGUACCAAGGAUAAAUUUCACAUCUACAAAGACUCGACAACUUGAAGCGGCGCCUCGGAGAUGGAUCGAUCAUUCUCGAGAGAGCGGUACUAUUACAGAUCAAAUGAUUCGUUCAGAAGCGACUCGGUUGGCUCGGUCGAUGGGGUUCCGUAACUUUCGAGCAAACGCAGACUGGCUCAACCGAUUUAAAACCCGUGGGAAAGUUGUACAAGAGACGUUCGAGUUCAAACAGUGUUCAGAAAAUCCCCAAAGCGACCAAACUGAGGACAGAAGUGCGCCUGAUCAAGAGACCCAACAAUCUGAUGAGAGCAUAACGGGCCAAUCGAGCGAUGAAAGCGAAGCACUAACGGAUCUGGACAUCCCCAAACUCGAACCGACAGCUGUCACGGCUGAGCUCAACGGGGAUUUACACACGGUCACUGUACCUUCACUGUGGCAAAUGAAAGAGGCUAUGAAAACACUGGCCACCGGGCUACUGUACAGAGGAUUCUGCGACUUUAAACUUCUUCAUCAGUUUGAAAAAGAGGUUAACACUGUUUUGAGAAGAUCUGUGGCCCUAGCAACGCACAGCGGGUCUCAAGCAUAACAUUCUUGGACUUCAGUGCGUUGUAGAGUUUUAGAGACUGGUCCAUUAUCUGUGUAAAUAUAACCGUGUUUCUUUCAACCCAGUCAUAACGGCACAGGUGCAGCACGGGCUCUCUCAGAUGACCACAUGGGGGCGCCAAGUGUUUGUUUUAACAUUCUCAUAUGUUCGAAAUGUGGUUCUGUUACCUAUUGAUAUUAUUAUUAUUAUUUUUAACCCAGUUUUUAAUUUGCAGCGUUAAUGUGUGUUACAUUAUCGUAAGUGCUUAAAUUGUUCAACGAUGUUGGUCUAAACACU